AUGACAAAAAACAUUUGCAAAUCAUCGAUCGGUAUCGGUUUAAUAAUUUGUGUUGUUAUUAUUACCUUGUUUGCGUUCUCUUUUGCAUUAAUUAUGACACCACGUGUAUAUUUACAAAACGUCAAACUACGAAAUCUAGUUGCUACACGCUGUUUUAUUAAAAAUUUAUUAAUUGAUACCAAACCGUGUUACUUACAAACUGAAACAUUUGAUUGUCAUAAUUUGAAAUGGUAUGUGAACUAUAACAUUACUGGAAGAAACAACACUGUGAACAAAACUUUAGCGGCAAUUAUCCAUCUUGUUAAACAUUAUACGACAGAAAAGUCUAAGGUAGAAAAAGCAUCAGCCAAGUAUAAAAUUGGUCAUACAUAUUCCUGUUCUUACAAUGAAACAAAUUAUGAAUAUGUUGUCUGGUCUGAAUAUGAAAGUAAAUCCGUAUUGAGGCUAUUAAGUACCCUAUUAAUAGCCUUCUCCGUACGUAGUGCCCGUGCAGAUGAAAAAAGUCGUUCGAGGGAUGCGGCGAGUACUCGAAAAUGGGCCCUUGUCAAGGGCUCAUCGAAAGCAUAUUUUCGAGUACUCGAAAUAUCGUUCGAACAAAUGGCUGGUAAUUAUCAUCGUAGUGAUGCAUUAGCGACCGUAUUUUUAGUACGCUCAUUAUUAUCAGUAUUUAUCAUUGUCGCUUUGAUUGCGAAACAAAAGCGAGAGUGGUGGUGGCGUGUAUUUCUUGUCUCACUUAUCGCGGCAUCAACUGCAUCACUGAUUGGCUUCACACGUCCAAUUCCUGGUACAAUCAUUGAUGCAUAUUCAAAUAGACGAUCUCUAGAAUAUUAUGUACUUCAAAAUCGUACGGAGGACCUGCGUCUCAUUCGGGUUCUGUCAUAUUAUCAAUGCUGCGGACUUAAAGGUUUGAAUAAAGACACAAAAGAACAACGAGAUUUUUUUCUCAAGAAUCAUCCGUACAAUUGCUUUGUUGACGGAGCUACUCCACCGGCAAACAUGCGUUAUGACGAAACGCGUGGUCUGGCGUGUUUGGAGCUUAUGGAUGAUGGACCGGGAGGACAAUCGAGCAUCCCCGCACAGUUUCGUCCAAUUCAACAACGUCCAUCAUUUAAUAACUACAUUAAUCCAUAUCGACAACGCAAUAAUAAUUCUUUUCGUAAUAAUUAUCAACAGCAACAUACCGCUUAUGCAAUAGAUAAUCCGAUCACAUUUAAUGAUAAUAAUUACGAACAACCAUUACCUUCAUCUACUAGUUGUGAUAAAUGUGGUCAAGUUGGACAUGGAGCUCCGGCCUUUCCUCGUAGUACCGGACAGAAGGAUAUCUCAACGCAAGACAAUCAUAUACAUAACACCAUUCAACCACUCAUCAUUUGUAAUACAAUACCAUCUAUCCAUCCGAAAGUUGAACAAGAUAUUCAGCAGUUAGUUACUAAAACGGAAGAUAAAAAACGACAUGAUGAUCUACUAUCACUUCUGCAUCGUUUUCAUAUUAUUUUUGAUACCACAAAACAUAAUAUUGCAAACACACCAAUAAAUCACGUUAUUAACACACUUCCACAUUCACCACCUGCACAACGACCAUACCCUCAACCAAAUACAAAAGAAUCUAUGUAUAAAAUUUGCCAGGAAUUCUUAAAAGCUGGCCAGAUAAGCGAGUCCCAUUCUCCAUACGCAGCACCGGCGUUAUUAGUGAAAAGAUCUGAUGGAAAGGAUCGUCUUGUCAUUGAUUAUAAAAAGUUAAAUUUGGUUACAAUAAAGAUUCGUGCAGGUCCACAGGUCCAGGAACAGCGUUAUUCUUCAGUCAUAAAAGGUGGUGCAAAAGCAAGGACUAGAAAUAAGACGUAUACUAUCGAUACAAUUAAGAAGAAAGAGAAUAAUAAACAGAAAGCAAAGAAAACGAGGAAGAGUACACUGACUGAUGAUGAAGUAAAUCCAAUCAAAGUAUCAGUUGUUGAAAGAGAAAAAGAAGAAUCAUUCAGAAGGGAACAAUUAUUAUCGUUCCUUCAUAAUUGGUCAGCAUUCGAUGAAGAACGAGGUGCACGUACAAUUAGAGAACAUAUACAAAUGCGCUAG